AGCCUGCUCCUGCAGGCCUUGGAGCCCCUGCGGUUCUGCGAUCCUGACAGAACGGCGUUUCUCUGUUCGCGAGUCUCCAUCACGGAGCAGCGCCGUUCUUAUCAUCUGGGCUGUGGCUCUGUCAGAGGAACGCGGUGCGCGAGCACAUUGUCACCAGCGUGAUUUCUGCAAGCAGUAGGCUGCAGAUCAGAAGGCUUAUUCACUUUCCCUGCAAUGUCCAAACAGAUCUCCACAUUUCAUCUUGUGGGACACAAGGAAAAAGUUAACGUUUGGUGAACAUUCCCUGUAAUUUUGCAAGGGAGGUUUGCUGUUAAUUAAUCUUAGAGAAAUACACCUCAAGCUUUUGUUACACAUUCCUUUUCUUUUCCUUCUUUUUGUACCUUGAGAAGAAGUAGUCACGGGAUUCAGGAAAAAAGAUGAAAGUUGUGCUGUGUGAUGGAAGAAAUUCCUCCAUCACCCCACAGCAUGGACGCAGACGCUCUACAGAAGCUUAUUCAUUUGCUCAAGGCCACAGAUGAUCCAUUAAUUCAGGAGCAAGCUUUAAUCACUCUUAGUAACAGUGCUGCCUUCUCUGUAAAUCAAGAUAUAAUUCGAAAUUUGGAUGGCCUUUCUGUAAUUGGAGGGAUGCUCUUGGAUUGUGUUCCCACAGUUAAAGAAAAAGCACUAAAUGCACUUAAUAAUUUGAGUAUGAAUAUUAAAAAUCAGGAAGAGAUACAGGUAUAUAUUAUGCAAGUUUGUAAGAACAUUGAAUCAGCUCCUCUGAACUCUGAUCUGCAGCUAGCUGGACUGCGAUUGUUGACAAACAUGUCUGUUACCAACGACUAUCAUUAUAAGAUGAUAAACAAGAUUCCAUGCUUUCUUCAUUUGCUUUCAGAAGGAUCUGAAAGGACACAGAUACAAGUUUUGAAAGUCCUUGUGAACUUGUCUGCAAACCCAGCUACAACAAGACAUUUUCUCAAAGCUCAAGUGCCAUCACUGUUGUUACUCUUUGACAACUGUAUGAAGACAGAUAUUCUGCUCAGAGCCCUGGUAUUUGCAGCAAAUUUGAAAAAGAACAUGAACAGUGAAGGCGGCAUCAUGAUAGAGGAUGAAUACAGUGAAGACUCUGUUUUCUCUAUACUCUGCAGGGAUCCUACUGCAUUUGCUCAGAAGCUGGCAUCUUUACUGCAUCACCCUGACACAGAUGUGAAAGAGCAAGUUGUGAGACUACUAACACAGUAGUAAUUUACUAGUGACUGACAAAUAUCUUAAGAUUAGAUAUUAAAAAAAUGCUGAAUAUUGCUAUUGUACUUGGCAAUCAAUCACAAGAGACUCUAUAUUAAACACACUGCAGAGUAUAACAGAUUUCUUGUAAAAAGCAAGAUAAGAAACAGGUUACUUAGCACCGAGAAACCACUAUACAACUGGUGUAUGUAAACAGAGGGAGGCACACUUUAAAGCAUGAAAGCUUUUACAUGUACAAUGAACAUUUUAAAUUCAUGAAUAAGGUCUAUCUAGAUAUUCUUAAGGUUAGAAUUUUUGUGCCUUAGAUAUUUACAGCUGUUGAAUAAGCAUCUCUUAUAAUGAUGCAUUAAAGAUUCAGCAAUCAGAGCUUAGUUGUUUCCAUUUUAUUACUGAUACCUGUUAAACAGCAGCUAUUUAGUUUUUUUCAGUUUUAGUUGAAAAACAGUGCCAAACUAUCACUGUCUUCCUGCAGAAACAGUAUUUUCAAUGAAAAGUGCAUAUUAAAAUUAUGUAAUCAUAUGUUUAGUACAUCUAUUCCAUUUAGUUGAAGUACAGUGCAGUCAGACACAACAUGAAACGUUUCUAUACUUCAGCAAAAUCAAAGGAUUUUUAUCUCCCUUAGAGGACUGAUAGCUUUAAAUGUGAAAGUGUACGUGCUUUUCAAAUUACAUUACCACACCUCUGUAUUAUCUUUGUUAAAAGAAGCCAGGAAAAGCAAUAUCAUUCACAUUUUUACAAAAGCUUCUGCUCUGUAGCAGCCCUCCAGCCUGUGCGGACAGGCUUUAUGAGAGCUCAUGGGAGAGUUCUGUUCCUGGAAUGUUAUCAGAACAAGUGCUUCUGUUGAGUUAGCCCCCAUACAUUUUCACUCAUCUCUGCAGCAUUAAUUCAAAGUUAAAUGGAAAAUCAAAACAUUGCAAAGGAAACUGGAGGAAGUUUCAUUGAUGAGCAAAGAACAUGUAGUAGAAAAUACUGUAUACCAAAACAAGACUACUAAAACUUCCAGAAUGCCACAUUAUGAAGACACCGUGUAUUAUUAUUUUUUUUUUUUUUAAGAGAAAUGCAUUACCUAAACUGUGACCAGAUGCUUCAUCUUUAAGUUAAUACACACACUCAACUGUUAAUAAAAUACUACCUUUUUCUUUCUGUAUGUUCUCUAGAUAUCUUACUUAUUUUCAGUAGACAACAUUUUCCAAAUAGAUAAUGCUGCAAGAAAAGUAUGACCUGGAAAAUACAACUUUUGUGUGCCUUGAUCAAUGAACAGGUAAAGCCAAUUAAUCUCUACAAGUAGUUUUAAUUCAAUAGGAAUACCAUUAAGGCAGAAGUACACAUUAACAUGAAUCCCAAAUAGAACUCUGUCCAUCACUGCACUUGUGGUGAACUUUUCUUUCUCCCUUCCACUGGUCCAAACCCAGUCCAUCUUACAAUACACAAAUUGUAUUAUAAUC